AUGCAACGAAUCUUCGGUGCUAAGAAACAAAAAGAUCCUCCUCCUUCAGUUUCAGAUGCUUCUAAUCGGAUCAACAAAAGAGGGGAAAAUGUUGAUGACAAGAUUAAAAAGCUUGAUGCUGAAUUAGCUAGAUACAAAGAACAAAUCAAAAAGACACGGCCUGGUCCUGCCCAGGAAGCUGUAAAGGCUCGAGCGAUGAGGGUCCUUAAACAAAAACGGAUGUAUGAAGGGCAGCGUGAUAUGCUCUACAAUCAAACAUUCAAUCUGGACCAAGUUUCCUUUGCUGCAGAGGGUAUAAAGGAUGCUCAGCAAACUAUGUCAGCAUUAAAAGCUGCAAACAAGGACUUAAAAGGAAUGAUGAAGACAGUAAAAAUUCAAGAAAUAGAUAACCUGCAAGAUGAUAUGAUGGACUUGAUGGAUAUGAGUAAUGAGAUUCAAGAAACCCUUGGAAGAAGCUACAAUGUGCCUGACGAUAUUGAUGAGGAUGACCUGAUGGGUGAGCUCGAUGCACUGGAAUUAGAUAUGGAAUCUGAGAGUCAGGGGGUUCCUUCUUACCUUCAGUCUGAACCUGAUGUCGAGGAAGAGCUCAACUUGCCAGCAGCUCCUACUGGUUCUGCAGCAGUGCCUGGGAGAGCCAAUGUUCAGUCUGAGGAUGAACUGGGCUUGCCCUCUGUACCCCGAGCAUCCCUUCGUACUUAACAGGAAUGAAUUAAAGGAGCUGGUUUGAUUCUUCGAUCUACAACUCAUUGUGCAGAAUAUUAUUGUAGUGAAAUCUACUGUUCCAAUUUUUUGUGUGGUGCUGGGUUAUUAUUGGGGGGAGGUUGGUGAAUGUGUGAAAAUAUAUUUUUACGGUUUUGUUGGUAAUAAUUGGACCAAAUGUACAAUUUGCCACUUGAACAAGGAAUAUAUUGAGAAAGAAAUUGAUGUUUGAUAUUGUAAUUA